AUGACUUCAUCUUAUCAGGCAAUCAGAGAUACUUUUGGCCUUGCAUUUACAAAGAACCUGAUAGUGGUUUUGGUCUGGCUCAUCCUCAGCUACAUCAAUGGCACCUUGAUAACCACAUUUUUUAAGCAUCAGGCAUUUUAUGAAGACCCUCGCUACAUCCUCUUCAUCCACAUGGUGAUCAACGAUGCCAUCCAGUUAACAGUUACCAUCACACUCUUUGUCCUCAGUUAUAUUUUCUAUAAAAUCAAUGUUUCCUUCUGCUGCUUCUUCAUCCUGGUGGCAGUCUUCACCACGAGGAACACACCGGUCAAUUUAGCCAGCAUGGCCAUAGAGCGCUACAUUGCCAUUUGUCACCCGUUACGCCACCGCCAAAUCUGUACUGUCAGAAGGACCUACAUAGUCAUUGGCUUGAUUUGGUUUAUUUGUGUGGCUCCGGAUAUAACAGACCUAUUUGUGACACUUGCAACAGAGUCUUUGAGCUUUUUCCAUGAGUCAGUAUUCUGCUUACGACACAAUGUGUUCAAAGAUCCGAUCCUGGCCUACAAAAGACAAGCCUUUGACAUCAUUUAUUUCUCUGCUGUCUUUCUGACUCUGGUUUUCACCUACUUGAGGAUCAUGUUUGCAGCCCGGGCCUUCUCCACAGAAAAAAUGUCAGCCCAGAAGGCCAGGAACACCAUACUGAUCCACGGAGCCCAGCUAGCCAUGUGCAUGCUGUCCUACAUCUCCCCGAGCGUGGAGAUCAUGCUGCAUCUCAUCUUCCCUGGCCGAGGCCUAGAAAUCAGGUUUGCAAACUACCUGAUUGUCUAUAUCCUGCCCCGAUUCCUGAGCCCUAUCAUCUAUGGAGUCAGAGACAAAAUGUUCAGAAAAUACCUCAAGAUGUACCUUCUGAGUAGCAGGUGUAGGGUUGAGCUCCACAGAGUAGGUGUCUGGAACAAAACUGACAGAUAA